AUGAUGUCUGCAAAAGGCAUGGCUAAAAUAAUGGUUGUCUUGUUUGCAAUUUGUUUUCUUACAAAAUUGGAAGGGAAACCUGUUAAGAAGAGAUCUGUGAGCGAAAUACAGUUUAUGCAUAAUCUGGGCAAACAUCUGACCUCAAUGGAAAGGGUGGAGUGGCUGCGUAAGAAGCUGCAAGAUGUGCACAAUUUUAUUGCCCUUGGAGCCCCUAUCGCCCCCAGAGAUGGUGGGUCCCAGAGACCCCAUAAAAAGGAAGACAACAUCCUGGUUGAUAGUAAUCAAAAAAGUCUUGGAGAGGCAGACAAGGCUGAUGUGGAUGUAUUAAGCAAAGCUAAAUCCCAGUGA